AUGCAAGCGCCAGGAAGUUUGGACGGCCUUGCAUAUUCGGUUGCGCAUGCUGAGGUGCAACCGGACUUGCCUGCAUUUAACGUGGGCAUCGAGAGGCCGCUGGUUCAGGAUGCUCUUCUUUCCAAUGCAUCUCGCAGCGAUGCUCUUCCGACGUCUGCAAUCAGAGCUUUUGUGGCGAGCGCGUUGCGAAGCUUCCUCACGAAGUCAAAGAGGGGCCACCGCAUCUUCCGGAAGGUGGCGGGGCUCGUGUGCCGGCGUGCCAAGAAGGAGCUCGGGCUCGUCGGCCUUCUCUGGACAAAGGCGGCUUGGGUUGGGGGCCUGCGUGCAGCUAUGGCAGGUCUGGAGGGUCUGGCGAGCACUCCAGAUGCGGGCCUGCAAGACGGCUUCGGGAAGGUUCUGACGUCGAUCAAGCAGGCCCACCUGGAGGGGCUGCAGCAACCAGCGAGCGCCUCCCAUGGAGCGCGCAGGACUACCGCGAGCCCAGCGCCAGCGAGCCCAGCUGCCACGAAUGAGGCCCGACCCCCAGCUGGUGGCGCGUCUAGGAAAGCGAGGAGAGCGAAGGAGGAGCUGGCCAGCUACCUCUUAGGGGACAAAGUUCCACACAGUCUCCUGUGCGGGGAAUGCAGCGCCCCCGCGACCUUUGCGAUGCGCGGGGUCAAGGAUGGGGGCAGCCUCAAGUACUUCUGUGGCAUGCAUCGCGAGCUCACGGGCUGCUUCAAGAUUGACAGCACCCGGGGAGAGUGGGCACGUACCUGUGAAGUGCACAAGUUGGAGGCGGAGCUUGUGCGGGCGCUUGAUGAGGAAUCACAGCUUAAGGGCAAUCGUGGUGUCAUGCAAGAUCCAAUGACCAUUUCUUUUCACCACAGGUUGCAAAGGAUGGGACCAGAGCGAUUACAGGUGGGAUCCAGCGCCCAAAAGCAGAGCCCUGAUAGAAAGCUCUUGAUUAUCGGCGAAAUCGAGAGCAAUCCGGGAUUUCCAGCGAGCGAUGGGGACCGUUCUCCAGCAUCAGGAGGGGACCCGCCAACGCCUGGUCUCGGCGUGGCCGGAGUGGUCGCUCAGCCGCCUCUUCACGAUGUGUCCGCAGAGGCAGAACCGCCGAGAAGGAGGAGGAGACUCGUCAAGGUCUCUGAGCUUAGGAGCGAAGCCCCUGCAGGCCUUCGCACAAGCAGCGCGCCUGAACCCAUUUUGGGCGCCCCAACUCACGAUGAAGCUGAGGCCAGACAGCAGGAGCUGCUGGGAAGGCAAAGCCCAGGACCCACAACGCCCGACCAGGCGCGGGGCGAGGAGAGCGCGCAAGCAAGGACGCCGACCCCGGGAGACCUGCAGACUGGCCGGCCAGCGUCAAAGCAGCGGCGCAGAAAGGCAAGGGCGAACCCUGUCCCCAUGGACGAGGCGGCUCGGGAUGCCGGUCGAGCGGCUGUGGCAGCGCAUCUCCAAGCUGUGGGGGCGUUGAGGCCCUCAAGAACACAGCGUGAGGGGCAAGCCGUUCAUCAAACGGAGCUGGGUGAUUUCGAAGGCCCGUCUUGUGCUUCCCCCCCGGGGCUGGUGACUGACGCUCCCAUCCAGAACGUUGGGUCCUUGGUCGACCGUCUGAAGGCCAAGCGGGAUGCUGAAGAGGCGGCUGCGCGAGAGGAGCGGCUCAAACGCUAUGGGCGUACGCGACCCCUCGGGGCUACACGUGGGAUGGGAGAUGCCUCGGCCCACACCAUGGACCAGGAUCCGAGCCCCCCUUCCCCUCCACGCUCUUCCGUCCUCCGGUCCCAAAAUGAAGUCCCCGGCCCGAGCGCAGCGCAGCCCCCCACAGCAGCCCCCUCUCUACAGGUUGUGGAAGACGAACGGGCUCUGCCGUCGCCGCUGGCCGACCAGCCCCCUGUAGUUGAUUCGGGUUUGCCUCCCUCCCUGUCGCAACCCCAUGAUGACCCCCCCCUCCCCCGC